AAUUAUCGGUAUGUUCGAUAAGCGACACUCCACGCGAGUUUAUUUUCAUUUUAAUGCAUAAAAACAUUUUGUAAAUAGCAGCGCAUUUAAAAUUACGUUGAAACAACUAAAUUCGCAACAAUGAGUACAAUUCUGGAGAAAAUUGCGGCCAUUGAGUCGGAGAUGGCACGCACGCAAAAGAAUAAGGCGACGUCGGCUCAUUUGGGUCUGUUAAAAGCCAAGCUAGCGAAGCUGCGACGCGAACUCAUCUCCCCAAAGGGCGGCGGCGGUGGCACCGGCGAGGCUGGUUUUGAGGUGGCCAAGACGGGCGAUGCUCGUGUGGGAUUUGUCGGUUUUCCAUCGGUCGGUAAAUCGACGUUACUUUCGAAUUUGGCCGGCGUUUACUCGGAGGUUGCUGCCUACGAGUUCACCACACUGACCACUGUGCCGGGCUGCAUCAAGUAUAAGGGCGCCAAGAUACAACUGCUGGAUUUGCCGGGUAUCAUUGAGGGUGCCAAGGAUGGCAAGGGUCGUGGUCGUCAGGUGAUUGCUGUGGCGCGUACCUGCAAUUUAAUCUUCAUGGUGCUGGACUGUCUCAAACCUUUGGGCCAUAAAAAGCUGUUGGAACAUGAAUUGGAGGGAUUCGGCAUAAGGUUGAAUAAGAAGCCCCCCAAUAUUUAUUACAAGCGUAAGGAUAAGGGUGGCAUCAAUCUGAAUGCCAUGGUGCCACAAUCUGAAUUGGACUCGGAUCUGGUGAAGACCAUUCUAUCGGAAUACAAGAUACAUAAUGCGGAUAUAACAUUGCGUUAUGAUGCCACUAGCGAUGAUUUAAUUGAUAUUAUUGAAGGCAAUCGUAUUUAUAUACCUUGUAUCUAUCUGCUGAACAAGAUUGAUCAGAUUUCUAUUGAGGAACUCGAUGUUAUCUACAAGAUACCGCAUUGUGUACCCAUCUCAGCGCAUCACCACUGGAAUUUCGAUGAUCUGCUCGAACUAAUGUGGGAAUACUUGAGACUAGUGCGAAUUUAUACCAAGCCCAAGGGACAACUUCCGGAUUACAGCUCUCCGGUUGUGCUUCACAAUGAACACACCAGCAUUGGGGACUUUUGUAAUAAACUGCAUCGUUCAAUUGCCAAGGAAUUUAAAUAUGCCUUGGUUUGGGGCUCCUCGGUCAAGCAUCAACCGCAAAAAGUUGGUAUUGAGCAUAUACUUAAUGACGAAGAUGUUGUGCAAAUUGUGAAAAAGGUCUAAGACCCGUUAAUACCAUUAAUUCUUUGGAUUUUGAUUGUGUUUUAAUGCAUUUUCUUCAAAUAAAAACUAUAAUUGCCCUGACUGUUUA